AUGGCCCCUUCAGGCUUUGCUAUGGCUCAAGACGACAACGGAACUGAUGACGUACGUGCAAUUGAUGACGUGACCAAGGCUGACUCAUUGCCCAGUCGCUCUUCUCGCAUCUUCCACGCGGUUUCCGUUCAAAGCAAAACGUUUUGUCUUCUUGCUUUUGCUUCAUCUCCCAUUCGCUACGACAUGCUAAAGGUUUGUCGCUCGCUAAAGGUUUCUCCACGGGUAGUGUCGGGUGUCCGGGCGGCGGUCUGUCGUGUUCCGGUCAUUCCGGCGCGAUCUGCCUUGGGUCCAUGUCACAAGAUUGUCUCGCCGUCCAUUGCACGACACUAUGUCAAUGGACCAGGCGGCGGUGGUUUUCCGGGAAUGCGCAUGAACCCUGCAAAUGCACCUCCGCCUGAAAAAGGGGCAGCACUCAAACAAUUUGGUAUCGACUUGACAGAACUUGCUGCCGCCGGCAAGCUAGAUCCUGUCAUCGGACGAGAUGAGGAAAUUAGGCGCACAAUUCAAGUACUUUGCCGCCGAACAAAAAACAAUCCAUGCCUCAUAGGUGAGGCCGGCGUUGGGAAGACUGCCAUCAUUGAGGGUCUGGCCCAAAGAAUUGAAAAGGGAGAAGUUCCGGACAGUAUGAGAAAUAAACGAGUGAUUGCGCUAGAUUUAGGAGCUCUGGUCGCUGGGACAAAGUUCCGAGGCGAGUUCGAAGACCGCUUGAAGGCAGUUCUUCGCGACGUACAAGAAGAAGAGGGAAAGCUCAUCUUAUUCAUCGAUGAACUUCAUACAUUAUUUGGGUUGGGCAAAUCGGAAGGAGGAAUGGAUGCAAGCAAUAUGUUAAAGCCUGCCUUGGCGAGAGGGACCUUACGCUGCUGUGGUGCAACCACCAUUGACGAGUACCGCAAGUACAUCGAAAAGGAUCCCGCUCUUGCCCGCCGAUUUCAGUCCGUGCUCGUGGAAGAGCCAAGUCCUGAGGCCACAAUUUCGAUUCUCCGCGGGUUGAAGGAGCGUUAUGAAGUACAUCACGGUGUCCGCAUUGCGGAUAGCGCCCUGGUAGCAGCAGCGCAACACGCUCAUCGCUACAUCACAGAUCGCUUCCUGCCAGAUUCAGCUAUCGAUCUGGUUGAUGAAGCAUGUGCAUCGUUGCGGUUGGCUCAAGAAAGUAAACCCGAAGCACUCGAAAAGUUGGAACGUCAGAUUUUGACAAUUGAGAUUGAGCUUGAGUCUUUGCGGAAGGAAACGGAUGCGGGGUCAAGAGAGCGGCGGCAAAAACUGGAGAAGGAACUCGAGGAAAAGAGACAUCAGGAAAAAGAGCUGACGAAGAUCUGGCAGCAGGAGAGGCAGCGAAUUGAGCAUAUCAAGCAACUGAAACAGCGAUUGGAGCAAGCCCGCAUGGAGUUUGAAAUGGCUCAGCGGCGCGGAGAUCUUGGCCGAGCGAGUCAGCUUUUGUAUGAAGUCAUUCCGAAGCUUGAAAGGGAGCUGCCAGAAGACACUGAAGAGAUGGAAGGACCUGAAAGACUCAUCCAUGAACGCGUAACUGCGAAUGACAUUGCACGCGUCGUAUCGAAACGAACGGGUAUUCCCGUACAGAAUUUACUACGUGGCGAGAGGGAGAAGCUUCUGCGUAUGGCAGAUGUACUGCGAAAGCGAGUCAUUGGACAAGAUGAGGCCAUUCAUGCUGUCACGGAAGCAGUUAGAUUGAGUCGCGCAGGCCUGCAGUCACAAACUCGGCCCGUCGCAUCCUUCAUGUUUUUGGGUCCCACCGGUGUUGGCAAGACCGAGCUAUGUAAAGCACUUGCCGAGUUUUUAUUUGACACGGAGCACGCCAUUGUUCGCAUCGAUAUGAGCGAGUACAUGGAAAAGUUCUCUGUUUCCCGCCUGAUUGGGGCACCACCAGGAUAUAUUGGGUUUGAGGAAGGUGGUGAGCUCACAGAAGCGGUUCGACGGAAGCCAUACUCUGUGGUCCUGCUGGACGAAAUUGAAAAAGCCCAUCGAGAUGUGACCAACCUCUUGUUGCAAGUUCUCGAUGACGGAGUGCUUACGGACUCACACGGACAUAAAGUGGACUUCCGUAACACUAUCAUAAUCAUGACCUCCAACUUGGGUGCUGAUAUUUUAACCAUGCAACCUGAAGGACCACUCACACCUUACGCGAAAGAGGAGGUGUUGAAUGCUGUGCGUGGAUAUUUCCCACCAGAGUUUGUCAACCGAAUCGAUGAACAAGUCAUUUUCAACCGUCUUUCGAGGGAAAUGAUCCGACAAAUCGUUGAUGUCCGUUUACGCGAUGUGCAGAAACGUGUACAGGAUCAUCACCUUAAGCUGGAUGUGGAUGACGAGGCAAAGCAAUGGUUGGCUGAUGCCGGCUAUGAUCCCAUAUACGGUGCACGUCCUCUGAACAGAGUCAUCCAAAAGCAUCUUCUGAAUUCAUUGGCGGACGCACUUAUCGAGGGUUCGAUACGGGACGGAGAAACGGUGAAGAUCAGAGUGCAGCCAAACGAUCGUGGAGAACCGGUCCUGGUCGUGGAGAAGAACCACGAACCUCAACUCUCCUGAGGAUCUAGACGUUAGACACUUUAGGCGCAUGUGGCAGCGAGUGUAUUGCCUGCAAUGCGGCCUGCUUGUAUAUACAAAAAUAUUAAUUUCAUGCAUGCAACUCUA